AUGGGCGAUUCGACUCAGGGAUACACCGAUUUCACAAAUGCUAUGCCUACAUUUCACACGAUUCAGCCCUUUCCAUGGAGCGAUUCAGACUAUCUUAAUAACUAUGAUACCCCCACGCCGCCAGAUCCGAACAGCUCCCAAUUCGUCAAAGUUCUGAAAGGGAUUCUCUUCAUUUUGUGUUUGAUAGAAAAUAGCAUUGCCCUCUAUAUUCUGUGCAAGCACGUCCGAAUUGGUCGCAGCAAAACGUUUUUCCUUUACAUGUUGAUCAGCAUGGCUUGUGCUGAUAUCUUAAUAGCCAUCUUUGUCUACCUUAUGACUAAUGCCGCGUUUUCUCAUCAAGGUAAAGACGUUUGGUUUGUUAGCAAUGCUCUAUGCAAGAUGUACCUUACCUUUAAUCAAAUUGCCUCCAGGGUUAUUGCACUUACUUUGGUCGCUCUAGCUUGGGGCGCCAUACGAAACUCCUCCUCCAAAGGACGAAAGAAACAUACCAGAAAAUUCAGCGCUAUUACGACGUUUCUCCUUUGGGUGAUAGCCACAGGUUUCUCUUCCAUCUACUUUGUGUUUAGCGAGGUUGACGUUAAUGCAUGUGGAGUUAGUCCGGAGGGAAUGUGGCUGGUCAUCCAACUUGGUUUCGCUUUUGAUGUCACUGUUAACUUGAUUUUAACGAUUCUUUGUGUCGCUGUGUUUGUCCGAUUGAGACGAAUGAAGAAGGAAAUGCAUUCACUCAAACGAUCCACAAAAAUUGCUGACAAAUCAAAACAGAAACAACAUACGAAGGAUGAUGAUGGCAGCGAACUGGAUCAUUCGGGAGAGUGGCGGGAAGAGAAGCCUGAUGAAGGAAAUAUGACAAUCUGCGAAGGCCUUAAAAAGAGUUCUUCCAAACACCCCCUAGAAACCUUCAAUAUGGAGACCGAAAAAGUUAUCCGGCCUGCCGGCGGAAGUGUUCGUGAUGGAGAUGCACAGAGUAUCACCAGUCAAUCUACCCGCGAACAGAAAUUAAGAGAAACGCGAAUGGAGGCAAAAAUUACCAUUGCAAUAUCCAUGCCUCUCGUUGCUCUUACCCUACUGUCUUUAUUGUUGCCUUAUUUGAUGAGGUUUCUGUCAUACUCCCAAAUCGUCCACGUUUCAUUUAGCGCGCAGGUAGCUGGUGAGAUUUACGGGAUCAUAAAGCCAGCUAUUUACGCCUGCAUCGACAAGGAAUUCAGGAAGAGAUAUAUGGAACUGUCUCCAUUCGCUUGCUGUUGUUUUAGGAAGAUCUGUCGCGGGUCAUUACAGCCGGGUGUGGCAGCUGAAAAUAGUCGUGUUACACAAGAAGGGGGUGUGUGA